ACGCGUUAGCGUUAGUGUUAGUGUUAGCGUUAGAGUUAAGAGUUAGACUGGGAGUUUAGACAGAGUCUUCCAAUUCCAAGCUCCAUCCGUAUUACACAACAGAUUUUGUCUUUACGGAUUAACGGUAAUUUGGAAAUGAGUGGUGUUGGUUAAGAAUUUCCUUUUCUAUUUCUCUCUCUCUCUCAACAAUCAUUGACCCAGCUUGCCUUUGCCUGUGGAGUUGGAGGCUGGAGGCUGGAGCUAACAACAUCCACCAAACAUUUUCCCGAAUCCGCAGCAGGUUUGAACCAAGAAUUAAACGGUGGAAAUGGACAGUCAAGCUGUUGGUGACAUCUAUGCUGGGGCUUUGGAGUCUGAAAAACUUUAUGUACAUUUAGGAAUCUCAUCUUAUGAAAAUGGUGUACAAGAGAUAGAGAGGUCCAAGAAAAUUCUAAUAAAUGUAGACUUGGACUUGGCAUAUUCUUCUGAGAAGUUGGUAAAUUUGCACAUAAUUUUGAUGUACCUAUUGGCUCAUGAAAAUGAUCUUCAAGCUAUGGCUCUAGAGAAGAACUAUGUCUCGACAGACUCUAUUGAGAAGGCAUUGAUGUUUGAUCUCAUGUCAGGCAUUUUAGAUUCUGAGGUAAGAGAGCUGGGUGGUUUCAUGGAUAAUCUUCAAGCAGACAUUGUUGAUGCCCAUAAUAAAAUAUCAUCAUGCAGACAUUUGAGAGAAUUUUCUACUAAGAUGGAGGAAAAAUUGCAUGAUUCCAAAGAAUCUUUAAAGCAUUCUCAACGGCAGAUUUUUGAGGUGAAGGUGCAGUUAGCCAAGUUUCAGGGAACUGUCUUUGCUUUCAAAUCUGAUAAUGGUGAAAUUGACAAGGCCUUGGAAUUAUCAGAAAAUGGUCAACUGUCAAACCUAAAUGCAAAAUCAAACAUGCAGAUGGCCAAACAACAAAGACAUUUGCUGCGGAUGCUGGAAAAGUCACUUGCAAGGGAGAUAGAUCUUGAGAAGAAAUUAGCAGAAGCAAGACAAAAUGAAGAAGAACUAAAAUUAAAGUUACACCAUACAGAAAAAGUAGCAUUUCACAUGGAAGAAGCAGCAGAAGUUGUUUGGGGAAGGUUUUUAGAGGCAGAAAAUGCUUCUGUGGCACUCAUGGGCAUUUCAAAGGAGUUGGUUGGUCAACUCCAGCUAGUUAAAUUUAAUAUGAACAGUGCAAUUCAACGAGAAAUUCAGUUGAAAGUUAAACAUGAAGAUUGCAUUGAACAGCUGAAAGAAAAAGAUAUUGCUUUAGAGAAACUUGAGAGCAGCAAUGCAGAAUAUAUUGCCCAAAGUGCAGAAGUUUUCACUUUGAGAGAAAAGGUGGAUUUUCUUGGGGAAAAACUGAAAGAAUCUCAGUUCCAGCUGAAUAAUGCAAAUGCUUGCAAUGAAGCAAGUCAAGAGCAACUUAGUGAAAUGGAGAAUAUAAUUGAGUCAUUAAAAGAAAGCAUAUAUAACGCAGAAAGUAGGGCUGAAAGUGCAGAAGCCAAGGCUACUCAGCUAACAGAGACAAACAUGGAGCUCACUGAGGAACUGAAUUUUCAUAAAGGAAGUACUAGUAACACAGAAAAAAAGAUAGGUUUACUUGAGAAGCAGUCAAGGGAAUUAGAGAUCCAAUUACAGCAUGCAAAGGCUUCCACUGAAGCAAGUCAAGAGCAGCAGAACAUGCUAUAUUCUGCAAUAUGGGAUAUGGAGACUUUGAUUGAAGAUCUAAAAUCCAAGGUUUCAAAAGCUGAAAGUAAGAUUGAGACUGCAGAGGAGCAAUGUGUUCUACUAUCCGAAAGUAACUUAGAACUUAGUAACGAACUAAGUUUCCUGAGAGGUAGAAUAGAAUUCUUGGAGACGUCUCUGGAUCAAGCUAACAGUACAAAAUUAGAAAGUGCAAAAGAAAUUAAUGUCAGGACCAAGUUUAUUAAGGAUAUGGCAAUGCAACUAGCCACUGAAAGGGAGCGCAUCCAGAAGCAGCUAAAUAAUUUAGCAAAGGAGAACACAAUUCUAGUUGAGAAGUUACGUAUUGCUAAGAUUAUGUACAACAACAUAGAUGGUGACAACAAAGAGAUUCUAUUUUCCAAGAGUGAUGCUAUCAGUGCUACCUGUGCAAAAACAUAUGAGGAAGCAGUCACAGGGUCAUUGGAUAAAAGUCUCCAGUUGGAUAAACCAUCAGAAGAAGCACCUAUCCGUGAGACCAAAAUGAGAUCAUCCUUUUCUGAAAACAGUGCUGAUGUCAAGGUUUCAAAGUCCAAGGCUCUGAAAAAGGUAGAGACCAGGCACUCUAGCCGAAUUUGUAUAUUUAUGGCAAUAUUUGCCUUACUACUUUCGGUAUCUGCAAUAUAUUUGUUUAACCAGAAUUUCCAAUUUGGUUUUGAUGGCCAACUUUCCUCAUGGCCUUAACACCAGAAGUUAUUGCAUUCCAACUGCACAUAUUGUAUCCUAUGAAUUUUUUGUGUUUUUUUUCUCCCACUUUAGAUUUUUUGGUGUAAUUGUACUCCGUUUCUUGGUUUCUGUAUACUAUACCAUUUGUAAUUUCUCCCUGAUGAUAUGUUUUGUGGAAUGAGAAUAUUAUAAAUGAAUAAGCCAUUUAUUCCCAA